CACAAUCGUGUAAACAUGCACCAGAAAUUUAGGCGGGAUGUCCCGCCCCAUGCGCAAGCCCGUUAUAUAUUUCCGCGGUAAGAGUGGCUGUAGUGGGGGUAGCGUACCGCGAGAGGGUGCCGCGCGAGGCAGGUCAGGGCUGGGGCUCAGUACGUUUGCGUACGUCGUUCUGUUCGUUUCACGUCGUUCGGUUCCUCCGCGGUUCUUCGCUCGCUGUUACUUCGUUCCCUUGUGUGUUGGAUCUCCCUCUCUGGGAGCCGCGUACAAACGUAGCAAGAGACCACAUCGUCUCAGUGAUAACGGAACGCGUGCUUCUCGCGAUGGUGCAACGGGCUUAUAUAAUUGUUGGCAUACACUGAGAGUUGCAUACGCGCGUGACACCAGCAAGUGCGUGCUGCUCUUUUCGCCGAUCUUUUCCCACUGUACGGCAUUUCUUUGACUGUCUCCCUCCUGCUCCGGUCUGGCAUCAUAUACAUAUAUGUAUAUAUGCAGAUUUAUUUUCUAUUUAUUUUAAAUUGCUUAAGAAAACGAGAGCAUUCAAAAGUAUAGAUCAAGCAACGAUUAUGGCAUCAUACGGGGAAGACGUAGUAAUGAUUUUGUUUAUAUUUUUUGUAUUUGCUGACCCCAUCUAUGGUUUCGCUGGGAUAUAUCAGUUGGAGUACGCAGCAGUCACAGCCACAGAACUCUCAACCAUUAGAAACCGAUCGACAGCAGAAUCAAAUUGCAAUCCAAAAAGUGGAACAAAAUUCUGCAGAACUUUCCAAAAUGACGGAUCAACGAGAACAGCAAUCUCAGCAACAGCAGCAACAACCACAACAUCAGCAACAGCAUAUUAAAUGCGAAGAACCGAGGACAAAUCUGAUCAUCAAUUAUCUUCCACAGAGUAUGACAGAGAAGGAUUUGUAUAGUCUGUUUGUAACCAUUGGACCUGUGGAAUCUUGUCGUGUCAUGAAAGAUUAUAAAACCGGAUAUAGUUACGGUUUUGGAUUUGUUAAUUAUGCAAAAGCUGAAGAUGCAGCCACAGCUAUAAACACUUUAAAUGGACUACAGGUCCAGAACAAAAGGCUAAAAGUAUCUUUUGCACGACCAUCGGGAGAAGAGAUCAAAGAAACUAAUCUUUAUGUUACAAAUUUGCCAAGAAAUAUAACUGAGAGUCAAAUUGACGACAUAUUUAGCAAAUAUGGAAAUAUCGUACAGAAAAAUAUUUUAAAAGACAAACUUACUGGAUUACCUCGGGGUGUGGCAUUUGUCAGAUUCGAUAAGCGAGAGGAAGCACAAGAAGCAAUUGCACGGCUACAUGGUACGAUACCAGAAGGUGGAUCGGAGCCACUUAGUGUAAAAAUCGCGGAGGAACACGGAAAACAGAAGGCGGCGUACUACGCGGGCUGGCAAGCUGGGUACAACCAGAGUCGAGGUGGCGGCGGCGGCGGCGGCGGCGGCGUGAGCGGCGGAGGACGCGGCAGAGGCAUCGGUGGUCCACCAGGAAUGGGCAUGGGCAUUAGCGGAGGCGGUGGCCCCGGGAUGAUAGGCAGAACCGGUGGAUUCGGGCCACGUGGCGGACCACACGGUGGCUUUCUAGGCGGUAGCGGCGGUCCAGGUGCCAUGAGAAUGGAGAAGAUCCACCCGCACCGUUUCAACCCCAUAGGCAUGGGAGGCGGUUACGUCCAGUCGCAUUUCUGGUGACCUAGCGUCGACCAUUUGGUGACCAAGACAGCAUCGGCUACGUACCUUUCUUCGUUUCACCGAAGACAAACCAACGGCGACUGUCGUUCGUAACUGAUGAACGUUCCCUCAAGCGAUCGUGAAGUCAUAUUCGGCGUUAUCCAGACCAGACGACCGAUCAGGCGGACGCCGAGCUGGGAUCGGAGAGUUUUCUCUGUACACAGGGUCCACGACAUCGAGCGGCCGAUGUCGUCAGAGACGAUCGCUCGAUGUUCAAUUCACGAACGAUGGGGACAGACUGAUUUAUGGAAGUGUAAAUUAUUCUGCACGCUCUACGAUGCAUAGUAUUUAAUGAUGUUUCUACGUGCCUGUACCAAAGCUCGCAACAACUAGUAUUGCGCGUCCAGUGAUGGGCACUCAAUUCCUUCUCCGGCUGUUAUCGCUUCGAAUGUUGUUUAAACCGGGGCCAAAGAGCCUCGUAGGAAGUUCGGAAAGGCGCUUCGAAAGUUUUGAAACAUUGAGUUUCUUAGGAACACUAGGCAAGUCUAUGUUACAUUUAUCUUCAUUAGUCAGUAAAAGGUUCUAGCGAUUCUAUCAUUUUAAUUGCAACCUUUCCUACUAUUCGUGAGACUUUUAUGAAUCAAACAGGAUGGUUGGGUUACUCGAUAACCGGGGCAAGGAAUCUUAACCGUUUGUGUGCCAGGGAUUAUUUAAAGAAACCGCGUCGACUUUUGUUUCUUACUGAUAAUAACAUUAACGAUAUUGGAAGCUCAAAUUUAAUUUGUGCAAAAUGUUACGAAGGUCUUUGCGCGUCAUUUGGUAACACGAACGUUAGAGAAAUGUAGGAUUUUUCAAUUUUUUAUUUUAUUUUUUAAUUUCCUGACGAGCAUGCCAAUUGCUCUUUUGUAACUUAAUACUCUAGAACAAUGUUGGAAGACGGUAUGGAGGUGAAGAAAGGUUGUAUCGAAUUGAUAUUUUUAAUAACAAAAUUUAGAAUAUAUUUAAACUAUUUACAAGAUGAACUGGUCUUGGAUCAAAAAGAUGACAAAUGAUUUAUUGCUUGUUGGAACACAUGUUCGGGAACUUAUAUUUAUUGGGGGCGCAAAUUUUAGUAUUAUUUAAAAUAAUCCUAACGAUGACGAUCGCGCGUCAGUCGAGUCUAUUCUGUACGGGCUGGUACUCAAAUGGUUAAGAUUUGAAAAUCUAGAAACAUUGGCGUUCUUUAAAAGCCACUGACGCGAUAGAAAUACAAAAUAGUAUAGAAAUACCAAGUCUGUAUUAUAAAUAUCAUUACUGUAAGUUACUACAUGUUUUCUCUGUGGUUCAGUCACUUGUUAAUGUAAGUUCUAUCUACGCUUGAAGGACUCGAGCGUUUCAAGACUUUUAAAAAUACUUUUCAACGCGAGUCAGUUCAGUCCGUGAUCUCAAAAUUUUUACAGCCAAUUCCCAAUGACGUUCGAAGAGAUCGAACCGCGUGUCUUGAAGCCCAUCACUACCAUCUCCACGUCGCUUUUUAUCGUUAACAAGUUCAACUCCCUCGUCUAGCUUUAAUAUCUCCGUUCCAUUCUGCGUUAAAUUAGUGGCGCGUUCAAUCGCGCCAAAUUGAUAAUGCUCGUCGAGUAAUCUUAAGGUACAAAACUCUUGGUCUCCGAGCCGCCCUUUAGGUCGAACAUAGUCAGGCCUCGGUGGCGAAGUUACAACGCGCUAAAUUAGGUCCCGUCGUACCGCAUCCACAAGAUCGUUGUAUGGAUUCUCUUUGAAAUUCUAUUUUUCUGACUGUUGAUCCGGGCACACACGAUGCGAGUCGAACGUUUCUGUCCUGCGUAACGUUAACCCCUUAAAGUGCAGAGCGCAACAUACAGUGCGAUUGUAAAAUUAUAAGCCAGUUUUAAAUACACCGUAUGUUGCGCUUCUAACGUAUAGAAUGAAAAUAAUUCGGUGUUUACAAUUAUAUAAACGUAAUAAUAAGCGUUUCAAUACAUGCAACAAACUUGUUCAGCAUCAAAGUAACACAGGUAAGGGGUUAAAGAAGACUACUCUGCAUUGUAAAAUAUACUGCUGGCCAAAAGUUGGAGACCAGGUUAUAAUAGGUUUAUAUUUCAUGGUACUUUUAUUAUGGGGUACGGGUAAAAUACUUAUUAAAAAAAACUAUUAUCUCAAACAGUUUCUAAAUUUAUUAUCAGGCCUGAUCAAGAUUUUCUUGAAAUUGAACCUAUUAGAACAUAUUGGAAGCAUCCGAAGCGAAUUUUCUUUUCCUUGUAUGUGCUGAUUAGUAUUUAUUAGGUAUGUUCGAAUACUUGAAUCUUAUGUCGCGGAUGGGUAAUUUUAGCUGCGAGUUUUAUAGAGCAUUAUUUACUGAAAACCCUGAUAACAUUAACUGCUGAACGUUGGCAUCGUGCAACUUCCUGUUAACAACUUGAUCCAUCAUUUUCAACAAUAACGAGCGUAUCAGGAUAUGCGAAAUGUUCCUAUGUCGUCAUCAAUUUCGCGCAGUGUAACUUACUGUAAUAAUAGGUGAUUAAGAAUACGUCUGACCAAAGUACCUGGUACAACGUUAAGUUGCCAUUGUAUGACGUAUCGAAUGAUCACCAUCGACGUAAACAGCGGUUUAAUAUUUUUGUUAACGGGUCGAAUGGUCUGACGCUUUUGGCCUGCAGUGCGUGGGCGUGUGUGUGUGUCACGUACACGGAGUAGUUUAAUUCUAAAUAUGAAUAUCCGUGGAACGGUUUUCCUGGUUUUUGAUCAGCUUCUUCACGAUCGCUCGAGCAGCGCGACCGGCUCCUGAUUGUGGAACGAAACAAAAGACGUCGAAGCCUCGAAGUUCGUGUUCUGUGAGAGUUGAGCGUUUUAAUUGGGAGAGAGAGAGAGAGAGAGAGGGGGCACGUUGAGAGCAAGAGCCGAAAGUUCUACGUGUUGUUGUACAUUUCCUUUUUAAUGGUUCUAACUUGAAACUUUAUCGAAUGUUUAACGUUAAGCGUGAGAUUGAGAGAAUGAGAGAGAGAAUUUUAUUGGAGUCAGCGUACGAGGAUACUGUGUUUCCAGCGUUUCGAACGGCAACGGGCAUCGAUGGUCGCGAAAAUUAUUAAGUUAAAAAUUAAAAUAGAAUAGACAUAGUGGGUCUCGAACGAUAUUGAUUACACAGAGUAUUCCCCGCAACUGGGGGAAAACUGUCACCAAAACGAUCGUAUGUUAGUAAAAAU